AUGGAAGAAUCAGAAUGGAAGAUCAAAGAGACGUCAUGCUGCGACACUGACCCCUCCCUCUGCACUGACCCCUCCCUCUGCACUGACCCCUCCCUCUGCACUUACCCCUCCCUCUACACUUACCCCUCUCUCUGCACUUACCCCUCCCUCUGCACUGACCCCUCCCUCUGCACUGACCCCUCCCUCUACACUUACCCCUCCCUCUACACUUACCCCUCCCUCUGCACUUACCCCUCCCUCUGCACUGACCCCUCCCUCUACACUGACCCCUCCCUCUACACUUACCCCUUCCUUUGCACUUACUCCUCCCUCUGCACUGACCCCUCCCUCUGCACUGACCCCUCCCUCUACACUUACCCCUCCCUCUACACUGACCCCUCCCUCUACACUGACCCCUCCCUCUACACUGACCCCUCCCUCUAG